AUGAUGCUGCACAGGGAAGAAGCACCAACAGGUGUGGAAGCACCUUCAUGUUAUCUUAUUUGGGCCUACAUGACACUGCUGACCUUUAAUCCUGGUGUUGUAUUGGUAUUGAAUGUCCAUUGUGCUGGAGAAGAGAAUUGGGUGGACAGUCGGACUAUUUAUGUUGGGCAUCGUGAACCACCUCCAGGCACUGAAGCCUACAUUCCACAGAGAUUUCCAGAUAACCGAAUAGUCUCAUCAAAGUACACAUUUUGGAACUUCGUACCAAAAAAUUUGUUUGAGCAAUUCAGAAGAAUAGCUAACUUCUACUUUCUCAUCAUUUUCCUUGUUCAGUUAAUUAUUGAUACACCUACUAGUCCAGUUACAAGUGGACUUCCACUUUUAUUUGUCAUCACUGUAACAGCUAUUAAACAGGGUUACGAAGAUUGGCUGCGACAUAAAGCUGACAAUGCAAUAAAUCAAUACCCUGUUCAUUUCAUUCAACAUGGUAAACUGGUUAGAAAGCAAAGCCGAAAAUUAAGAGUUGGAGAUAUUGUAAUGGUAAAAGAAGAUGAAACAUUCCCAUGUGAUUUAAUAUUUCUAUCAAGCAGUAGAGGAGAUGGAACAUGUUUUGUUACAACAACUAGUUUGGAUGGUGAAUCCAGUCAUAAAACUUACUAUGCUGUUCAAGAUACAAAGGCAUUUCACAAUGAACAAGAAAUCGAUGCACUACAUGCUACCAUUGAAUGUGAACAACCUCAGCCUGACCUUUAUAAAUUUGUUGGUCGAAUAAAUGUUUACCAUGAUAGGAAUGAGCCUACUGCAAGGCCAUUAGGAUCUGAAAAUCUGCUCCUUAGAGGAGCCACUUUAAAGAACACAGAAAGAAUCUUUGGUGUUGCUAUCUACACUGGCAUGGAAACUAAGAUGGCAUUAAAUUACCAGGCAAAAUCACAGAAGCGAUCUGCUGUAGAAAAAUCAAUGAAUGUAUUUCUUAUUGUAUACCUCUGUAUUCUCAUCAGUAAAGCACUAAUAAAUACUGUUCUGAAGUAUGUCUGGCAGAGUGAACCAUUUCGUGAUGAGCCAUGGUAUAAUCAGAAAACAGAACCAGAAAGGAAAAGAAAUUUGUUUCUUCGAGCUUUUACAGACUUCCUUGCAUUCAUGGUUCUUUUCAACUACAUUAUUCCUGUAUCCAUGUAUGUCACUGUGGAAAUGCAGAAAUUUCUUGGUUCUUAUUUCCUUACAUGGGAUGAGGAAAUGUUUGAUGAGGACACAGGUCUAGGACCACUGGUGAAUACUUCUGACCUCAAUGAAGAAUUGGGACAGAUUGAGUAUGUCUUCACAGAUAAAACAGGAACGCUAACUGAGAACAACAUGGAAUUCAUAGAAUGUUGUAUUGAAGGGCACGUUUAUGUACCACAUGUUAUCUGCAAUGGCCAAAUUCUCCAUGAUUGUACAGGCAUUGAUAUGAUCGAUUCAUCUCCGGGAGGAAGUGGAAAGGAGAGAGAGGAGCUAUUUUUCCGAGCUCUUUGUCUUUGCCACACUGUUCAAGUAAAAGAUGAUGACAGUGUCGAUGGAUUGAAGAAAAACCAACUCUCAAGAAGACCUUGUAUAUAUAUAUCGUCAUCACCUGAUGAAGUUGCUUUAGUUGAAGGAAUACAGAGACUUGGGUACACCUAUCUAAGGCUGAAGGACAAUUUUAUGGAGAUAUUAAAUCGGGAAAAUAACAUAGAAAAGUUUGAAUUAUUGGAGGUUUUGAGUUUUGAUUCUGUGAGACGGCGAAUGAGUGUAAUUGUUAAAUCUUCAACAGGUGAUAUAUUUCUGUUCUCUAAGGGAGCAGAUUCCUCCAUAUUUCCUAGGGUUAAAGAAGGCAAAAUUGAACAAGUACGAUCCCGAGUAGAACGCAAUGCAGUGGAGGGAUUGCGAACAUUGUGCGUUGCAUAUAAAAAGCUCACAGCUGAAGAAUAUAGCAACGUACAGAAGCUGCUUCAGAAUGCAAAGUUGGCCCUCCAGGAUCGGGACAAGAAAUUGGCAGAAGUGUAUGAGAAGAUAGAAAGAGAUUUAAUUUUACUUGGUGCUACAGCUGUUGAAGAUCGACUACAAGAAAAAGCUGCUGACACUAUUGAAGCACUCCAGAAAGCGGGAAUUAAAGUUUGGGUUUUAACAGGAGACAAAAUGGAGACUGCUGCAGCUACUUGCUAUGCUUGCAAACUCUUCCGAAGAAAUACACAAAUACUUGAGCUAACCACAAAGAAAAUUGAGGAACAGAGUUUACACGAUGUGCUUUUUGACCUAAGCAAAACUGUCCUAAGACACAGUGGCAGCUUAACCAGGGAUACUUUCUCAGGACUUUCAACUGAUAUGCAAGAUUAUGGUUUAAUUAUUGAUGGAGCAGCAUUAUCAUUAAUAAUGAAACCAAGACAAGAUGGGAGCUCUGGUAACUACAGAGAGCUCUUUCUUGAAAUUUGCAGGAAUUGCAGUGCAGUGUUAUGCUGUCGAAUGGCACCUCUGCAAAAAGCACAGAUUGUGAAAUUGAUUAAGUUAUCAAAGGAGCAUCCUAUCACAUUAGCAAUUGGUGAUGGAGCAAACGAUGUCAGUAUGAUUCUAGAAGCACAUGUUGGUAUAGGAAUCAUUGGCAAAGAAGGUCGUCAAGCAGCAAGAAACAGUGACUAUGCAAUACCUAAAUUUAAACAUUUGAAAAAGAUGUUGCUUGUUCAUGGGCAUUUUUAUUAUGUUAGGAUAUCUGAACUUGUGCAAUACUUCUUUUAUAAGAAUGUCUGCUUCAUUUUUCCUCAGUUUUUAUAUCAGUUCUUCUGUGGGUUUUCACAACAGACUUUAUACGAUACUGCGUAUCUAACACUGUACAAUAUCAGCUUCACUUCCCUUCCUAUCCUCUUCUAUGGUCUAAUGGAACAACAUGUCAGCGCAGACACACUCAAGAGAGAGCCUUCCCUGUACAGAGAUGUUGCUAAGAAUGCUUUGCUGCGCUGGCGUGCAUUUAUUUAUUGGACAUUCCUAGGAGUGUUUGAUGCUGCGGUAUUUUUCUUUGGUGCCUAUUUAUUGUUUGACAACACAGCUGUGACCAGCAAUGGACAGAUGUUUGGAAAUUGGACCUUUGGAACAGUGGUGUUUACUGUGCUUGUAUUCACGGUUACAUUGAAGCUUGCACUAGAUACACACUAUUGGACAUGGAUAAAUCACUUCGUGAUCUGGGGAUCACUGGUAUUCUACAUUAUCUUUUCUCUGCUCUGGGGAGGAAUUAUUUGGCCUUUUCUCAAUUAUCAGAGGAUGUAUUAUGUGUUCAUGCAAAUGCUGUCUAGUGGUCCUGCAUGGCUGGGUAUAAUUCUGCUCAUAACUGUCAGCCUUCUUCCAGAUGUUUUGAAGAAGGUCUUAUGCAGAGAGUUGUGGCCUACAGCAACAGAAAGAAUCCAGAAUGCAUCGAGGCACUGUCGGGAGCACAUCUCAGAAUUCACACCUCUUGCCUGUCUGAAAAGCCCAAGAUACAGGAGCAGUGACUGCAGCAAUUCCCCAGCAAGAAGGUCUAAUUCUCAUUCUAAAAAAAUGAUGUUUACGCACUGGAGAGGCGUUGAUUAUUCAGUACUUCCAUCUGUCUUUGGCUAUUCCAAUAAGCAUUGCCAUUCCCGUGCAGGCUACCACUACAGUGGGUCAGGUUUGGAAACGUCUAUAUGACAGAACACCAAGUCAAGCCUUUAAAAACUGUAUUUUUGUUUAUUUCUUUUUUCAGAAACAAACAUGUCACAGAAAUAUAUUAAAUUAUACGUGGCUUCUGCUGUCUGAGGUAGUGUUCAGACAAACAGGAUCAAGAGCUAGAAGUAUGAACCCUUCCAGGCCAAUAGGCCUCUUUUUAUGUUUUGAACUACUGGAGCAAUGAACAAUCUGCACAGUCUGGUACUGUGAGACUGGUAGCACUGAAAAUUGUCUUCAUCCUGUGUCAAGACUUCCGUGCAUUUACUGCUUCUGUUACCUUUAGUAAUUUUCUUUGUUACUUGAAGUGCAUAGUUUCAGUCAGUGACCUACAUUUUGAGAUAAACAGUUUUAAUUUUCAGCCAGAAGCAAUGACCUCAGUUAUCUCGAAUGAAAGUCUCUUAAAGCGUAUUUAACAAGUGCUGUUUCUGAUUUUCCUCUGUCCUUUUUCUUUCUUUGCUCUUUCUGUAGAACAAACUGGUGUUUCCUCUGUGCAAAUCUGCUUUCAAGAAACACUCUCUAAUGUUCACUUUCUUGUAAGUGGCCAAAUCAGGGCUAUGUUUGGUUUUCAAUUAGUUUUCCCCUGUAGAAAUAUAGGCAAGACAAUCCUUGUGUAGAGUAUGCACACACUAUAUGAAGUCAAGUUGGCUGUUCAAUUGGUAAAUAUCAUCACUGUUGGUAUCUACCUAAAAACUGAAUGUAAGCAUUUUGCCUAAAAGGUCUUUGAAUUUGUCAAAGAUGCAGAUUACCUGGUGUUCCCACUUCCUCUCCCUGUAAUUGUAAAAUAUACAUAGCAGAAAGUAUUAAGCUUUUUUUUUUGACACAGUUUGUUGGGUUUUUUUCCUUAAAAGAAGAAAAGUUGUUUUUCCAAACGAGCAUCUUUUACUAUCUGGAUUCAUCCUCUUAAUUUUGAUUUUUUUGUAUGUUUGUAUGGUUAAAUACUGGCUAAAUGGCUUGGUAGAUGUAUUACAAAGCACACAGCUGUUAGCUUUUGCAAACAAACCACAAGGUGGCACACGGCUGUUGACUAACAGUUGAAUUGUAGUUGGGAUAUAGAAACCAGUUUGACUGCAAGGAUUCUGUUUUAAUUACUUUAAGAAUGACAGCCAACUUGCACUUCUGUUUUCUCUGCUACAUUUAUUUUACCUUGUACUAAUUCAACUAUUAGCAGUGUCCUUGUCUUGUUUCUUUAGUCCAGUGUUUUAUUUUGGGGUGCAGAAAUAUCUGAAGGAGUAAUGAGAUUUCAGUCAGUUUCAGCCUGAUGGUUAGAACUGGUUAAUAACCAUCCUCAUUCAAUACCUCUGUGAGGACAUUAGCUAAAAAUUUAUUUCAGUGUGAAAACAAAAUAUUUGGAAUCAGACCUGCAGCCUUUAUUGGAAGACCUGGCCAGGACAUUUUUAGUUGUCUUUAAAAUGGACUAGAGUGGCAGAGAAAAAUGUUUUCCCUUUUUGUGUUUGAACAAAAAAACCUAGACAAAUAAGUUUACUUCCCAAUUUAAUUUUUAAUAAAAGAAAAACCAACUUACUAGGAAAUUUUCCUCACAGUAUUCCAAGUGAUUUUCGCAUUAAAUGAACAGGGAAUUAUUAUUAAAAUGCCCUGGGUCAAGCAGAGAUUGUCAAGUGAUUUGUGAAAUCUUCAGUAUACCAAAGAUAACAGAAUUUUACAAAGUCUAACGGUGAGCACCACAGACAAAUGUUUUGUAUCAUAUAGCACUUUUAAGUUUCAAAGAAUGUCCUUAUAGCAGUAGCAUUCUGAAAUACAUACACAUGUGUGGAUGUGUGUACAUAUACUUGCCAUUGCAGACUUGAAUGUUGGUCAGUUAGAACCGUCCCCUACAUAAAACACUGGUGUAUAUAUUUUUAAAAAGUUAAUAUGGGUAUAAAUUUUAUACCAGUAGCAGUGACAAAUUUCUUGUGUGUAGUUAACAAAUUAUUUGUAAUGUAUUUUUUAGAAAUCUUAAAAUUGCCUUUGCACUGAAAUACUUUUCAUACUGUAGCUAUUUAUAAAUCUGUUUUACGCAUACAUUUGUUAACACACCAUUUCUAUUUUUUUUAAGUAUAUGUUUUGAAGGCUUUUUUUAUACCUAUGAGUUUUGGCCACUUAAAUUUAGCCUAGAGUGGAGUUGUGGCUGAAUGUUAAAAUUCUAAUGAAUGUCAAAUUAGAAGUACAAGUCUGUUGCUCUCUCAGUUUCAUCCAAAUUAUUGAUGUUUUGUUGAGAUUUGUGGUAGCUGUGAUUAGAGCACUGUACUUGCAGUGCUAUUCUAUUAUAGUGAGCUUUUUUACUCUAUAAAGCCUCCUGCUUUUUUACUUUGUGAGUUCUAUCUUUUAGCCUUAAGUAAGGAUAUUUUUGCUUGAUGUUUUUGAAAUGCUGCAUUCCUGUUAUGCCUAGUAACAAAGCAGUUCAUUGCAAACUUCAUGUAACCCUGAGCUUCAAAAUUAUUGACAACAUUGUUCAGGCUUAAACACCAAUAUACGUGCUUAAGAAAUUUUAGUUAAAGAUGACAUUUUUUGGAGGAGAAAGAACGCUUUGAUUUAGCAAUACUUUUCCCUUUAAAGGUUGGUGCUGUUUGUUAAAAUAGACCAUUUAAUGGAAAAAACAUAAAACAUCAACUCAGCUUCACUUGAUGUGUUUCUGCUUCAGUUCCUGUUACUAUUGCCAUUCAAACUUAGUCCACUACAGCAGGUGUAAACUUGGAGUUUCACUGUAAAUGGAUCAGAUGAUACAA